UCCAAUAAAAGAUGCGGUGGCUACCAUGAAUUUGUCGAAACGGUGGCAGUAUAUUUGGACGAUGCUACCAAAACUGAAGUACAAAGAGAGCGACGAAGUUACUGAGGAUGAAUGCAAAAGCAUUUGGCAUUUUCUUGAUAAAUCAUUGCAACUUCACAAGGCACCUGUCCUAAGAAAAUUGCACAUAGAACUCGGUCCACAAUGUCCUGUUGACGCUGAUGUGGGAAAGUGGAUAGCAAAUGCGGUUGAUCGCAAGGUGUGCAAGCUAAAUUUCCAGCUCAAUUGGGCUGCAAAGCCUAUAAAACUGCCUAAGAGUCUUUACACAUGCUGUACACUAGUAAAUUUGAUUCUCUGUGACAAGAUUUGCGUAGACAUUAUAUCUCCGGGUUGUCUUCCAUCCCUCAGUUACCUUUGUCUUAGCUCUGUUGUGUUUAAAGACGAAAGUUCUCUUGUUGGGCUUUUAUCAAGUUGUCCUAUUCUUAAAUUCUUAAAAGUGGUGCGGUGUGACGAAGACAACGUGACAAAUUUCGUUGUGAAAAUAUCUUCUUUGGAGACCCUGUAUUAUUGCAACGAAUAUGAAAAGGAUUCUAGUGAUAGCAAGGGGUCUUUGAUGAUCGAUUCUCUUACUUAA